UUUGUUCAUUUAGAAUUGAGUGAAUAUUCUGGAAAUUUCUAAUUUGAAACUUUAAUGAUUUUACAAAUUCAUUGUCCAAAAAAUAUUGGUCAUAAACAAUGCACUUUGGUUUAUGUCAUCUAAAUUGUUUUGCAAAAAAAAUUCGAUUGUAUUGUGUGUAUGUCAUUUUUGCUUUUUCUUUUUUUUUUGACGAUUUCAAUCAUCAUUUUACACUAUUAAAACAUUGUUUUAUCGUUUUUGCGUCAUACAAUCUCUGAUUGUUUGUUUGAUUUGAUAUAAAAAUAACAUCCUCAUUUAUUAUUAAUUGAUGAUUUGCAAUCGAAUCGAUCACCACAACGAAAUAUCAGAUCAUCAUUCAUUAGCCAAUCUGAAUCCAGCUAUCUAUCCAUCCAUCUAUGUUUGUUUGUUUUGUUUUUGAAUAAUGAAAUAAGAAUUGGUUUUGAUAGUAGUGAAUUGAAAAGAUUGUGUGUGUCAACAACAAAUAUUUUGGCCAAUACAGUUGAAUGAUAAUUAUAUAUGAAGACCAAAUGAGCAAUGACAACAAACAGUGUGAUUCUGUUAUAUCAACAACAACAACAACAACCACCACCAAUAAUAAUAAUAAACAAUCAUCAUCAACAUCAUCGACGACGACGGCGAAGACGAAUCAACAGAACGAAUGUAUUGAAACCAUCAUUGAAGAGAAUAGCAGCAAUAAUAGUCAACAACAAAAUAAGCAGAAAAUGCCACUAUCUCGUUCAUUGACACAACCACAAGGCACGAUUGAAUAUGUGGUUGCAGCCAAUGAUACAAUUACAUCGGUAGCCGCACGUUUUCAAACAACACCAUCAGAGUUGGCCCGUAUCAAUCGCCGUUCAGGACACUUUAUUUUUCCUGGACAGGUAUUAUAUGUUCCAAAAUCUAAUCAUGUAUCAAGCUUAUCAGCUGAUAUUGUCACCGAUGGUAGUAGUUUAUUGGUACGACAAAGCUCGGAAAUUGGUGUUCCACCAAACACACCGAAUGAUCCGAAAUCACAAUCGCCAUCCCGACAACAAUUGAGUAACAAAACAGCAUUAAGUGAUAAUCAACAGCACCAACAUUCAAUUGCUUCUGCAUUACCUGGCCAUGCUGAAAGGUGUACGCUAUCAUCAUCAUCAUCAUCACAGCAAAACGAUAAUACUGGUUCAACGGAUUGUGUUUUUACUGGCGACAACAAUGAAUCAAAUAAACCGAAUAAUUCAUCAAUAAUCAUACAUUACCCUUUGAUGCAUACAAGUUCUGAACCAGUUGUCAUUACUGGUAAUCAAUCAACCAAUCAGCCAGUGUUUGGUGUUUCACAACAAUUAGAAUCAAUGUUAUUAUCGUCCAAAUCACAGCAACAACCAACUGCAACGGCGACAAUCGAUCCGGCUGAUCGUGAAUGUUUGGAACGUUUCCUGAAAAUAAAUGUCCGCUAUAUAACCGAUGGACAAGGUGUUGUAGGUGGUGUGUUGCUCGUCACUCCUAAUGCAUUAAUGUUUGAUUCCAACGUUUCCGAUCCAUUAGUCGUGGAACAUGGCUCAGAAGUGUAUAAUGUGACCGUACCGAUUGAGUUGGUAUUGAAAACUGCACUGUAUUCGGAUAUUGCUCAUAUGCGUGUCAAACAUGCACCUGAAGCAGUGCCAUCCGUGCCGAAACCAUCGGUGUAUUAUGCCAGCGAUGAAGAUAACAGUGGUAUUGUUGAAGAAAAUCUCAAAAAUGUUUAUGCUAAAAAUGCUAAAACUGGUUUCGAUACCAUCGGUAAGGUGAGUGAAGAGAAAUCGGAUUCAGAACAACAACAACAACAAUCAAAAGAUGAAGAAGAAUUCAAAGAUGCCGUCGAACAUUUACAAAAAAGUAAUGGUGAAAUUGUUGACAAUGAUCCCGAUCGACAACCGCAACAACCACCAUCAACAUGCUCGUCUGUCGACGCGAAUGAACAAUCAGCAAAACAAUCAUCAUUAUCAACUGAUGUGCAGAUUGGUGAUGAAGAUGUGAGCAGUAUGAAUCGAGUUUCAAUUGAGAUUGAAAAUAGUGUCGAUUUCCAUGAUGAUGACCAACAAUCGACUGAGACGACGACCAAUCUGAAUACGUCGAUCGAUGUAAAUUCCAGCCUUGAUUUGAUGAUGACAUCUAUGGAUGAUGCAGAUCUUGUUGUUGGUGUCGGUAGUGGAUCACAAUCAUCUAGUGGAACCGAAAAUCAGUCAAAAUUGGCCAGAAAACCAUUGGCCACACAAAUGGCUAAAAUGACAUUAGCAGAGCGACAUUCAGCACCACUGCAGCCAUCAAAUAAUAAUCAUCAGAAUUCUGUCGACACAAUCGAACACAAAGCAUUACAGACGGCUAUAUCGGCUGAAGAGACAUGUUCCGAUCCAGUGGUAUUGAGACAUCCAAAUCGGCUGUCAGCUGCAGGUGAGAAUCGUCGUGGCCAAAUGCUAAAACGAUUAUCAAAUCCUGUGGAUGCUAUUGGAAAUUUUACCAAAUCCGGUAUUAGCUCAGGGAUCAAUGCAACUAAAUCCGGUUUCAAUGCGACCAAAACGGGAAUCAGUAAAGGAAUCAAUGCCACUCAAUCCGGUAUCAGUACCGGUUUGAAUGCAACCAAAUCUGGCCUGACAACGACAAUGAAUGUGACAAAAACAGGAUUCAACAAGGUGUUGUCUACACCGAAAAAUUUAAUGGAUUUCUCCAGCGGUCUGGUGCGUGAUGCAAAAGGAGCAUUGGCAACGACUGGUUCGAAAAGUGAUAUUAAUCUUCAUGAACAUCUUAUGGAAACUAAUGCUAGUGAUCAGCCAUCGGAUACAUCGAUCAAACCAGUUGGCUAUUGCAAUAUGGUCACUACAAAGAUUGAUGCGUUUGAAAAUUUCGACAAAUUGAUACCAAGGCCGGCAAGGGUGAAUAAGGAUGCCCCAUUAUAUCUGUGUAUUCGUAUGGGAAAAUAUAAAAAGAAUAAUGCAAAACGUAGUAUGCAACGAUUUUCACCCACUUCAUCAUUCGGUAAAAAUAGAUAUGAACGCGAAUAUUGGUUCAGUGUACCGAAAGAUAAAGCAAGCAAUUUAUAUCAUUUUUUCAAGAAAUGGGCUCCAGAAAUCUAUGGUGAUGUGGAUGAUAUCAGUGGUUGUGAACAUCGUGGCCUUGAGCCCAUCAACACCGAUGAUGAAUAUGAUAUUGACGAUGAUGAUGAUGGCCAACAAAUGCCCGAUACUGCUUCAGCAUUGAGUAAUUCACGACGACGAUCCUAUCAGCGGAUAUCAUCGAAUUCGACUGAAUUGAUUGGCGAUAGUAAAUCAUCAUUGGAUGAUCCAACCAAAUCAUUGGAUAUGGCAUCCACAAAUCGACAACGUUUCUGGCGUCGAAGUCCAUUACAUUUUCUUAAACUUGUCGAAGAUCAUUUCUCUACUGAAUGGAAUGUUUCGAAUUCAUCAGAAGAACAUAGUUUUGCCGAACGUUAUCAUCUUGAAUUGUCCAAUGAACCAAUAUUGCCCGAAUUGAUUGGCACGACAGAAAUGUUAGAUGUUGACAUAAUACAAAAUCUGAUGAAACACUUACCGGCCCGUGCUGAAGGUUAUGCAUGGACAUUGAUCUAUUCCACAUCGCAACAUGGUUUCAGUUUGAAUACAUUAUAUCGUGAUAUGAAACACUUUGAUUCACCCGUUCUGUUGAUCAUUGAGGAUACCAACGGUGCCAAAUUCGGUGCAUUAUUGUCACAUUCAUUGAAGAUAAGCGAUCAUUUUUAUGGCACAGGCGAAACAUUUCUUUUCACAUUCUAUCCAACAUUCGAAUGUUUUCCAUGGACUGGUGAGAAUAUAUUCUUCAUCAAAGGAAAUAUUGAUAGUAUUUCGAUUGGUGCCGGAGAGGGAAAUUUUGGUCUAUGGCUUGAUGGUGAUCUCUAUCAUGGCAGUUCACAUCCAUGUAAAACAUUUGGCAAUCGAACAUUGUCUUCAGAAGAAGAUUUUGUCGUCAAAUCGAUUGAAUGUUGGGGUUUCGUUUAGACACUCAUUUCAUCAUUGUUGUUAUUACGAUUACUUUUUUGACUUGACAAUUGGAAAGAAUGGAUGAUGACAUUUGACAUUCUUUACAUUGUUAUUCGUUGUUGUUAGUAAAUGAGCCAUAUUGAGCAAUAUUUUUAUACAUCUCAAAUCAGAAAAAAAUUAAUAAAGAAACGAAUUGGCUAAUCGAUAUAUCAUUUUGCUAAUGUGAUCAUCAAGAAUUAUUGCCGCCAACACAAGAGAAAGAAAUUAUUUUUCUAUGAACAUGAGUUAUUGAUUCGUUAUCGAUAAAUUUGGCUAAUUUGGAAAUAAUGGUGAUUGAAAAUUCAAACAAAAAAAAACACACACACCUAUAAAUAUGAACCUUGGAAAUUUGUCCGCAUAAAAUAAUCAUUCGUAACAAUUACUACUACAAUUUAAUAGUGAAAUGAAGAGAAAGAAUUUUACAUUUUGACAGAUUGAUUUUUUGUUGUUGUUGCUGUUAUUAUUAUUAUUAUCAUCAUGAUCAUCGCAUCAUUCAUCAUCAUAAAUAGAAACAAUCACAAUCAUUCUUGUGUCCAUCUCACCCAUAUUUGUAUCAUUGCCAUUAUUAUCGUUGAUCGUAAGAAGAAGAGAUUGAUUAUUUUUCUACAAAAAACACACAGGCCACAAUCGAACAUAGCCAAUGAUUUUGAAAUGACAACCGUCUUUCUUCUUCAUAUAUUGUUGUUCUUGUUUAUUAUUGUUAUUCAUUGUCUAUUUUUUUUCUCCUCUUGAAUCAAUCAUCAUUAUGAUAUCAAC